AUGCCGUUCGACUCGCCCUACAAACCCAUCCCAAUCCCGGAGACGGACAUCUGGAACCUAUGUUUCUCUCGGCGCAGCAAACCGUUCCUGGACAGCAAGACUGUCUACACGGACGGGGCGACGGGCGACCGGCUCGACUGGGGCGGCCUCCGCACCGCGUCGGUCGAGUUCGGCAAGGGGCUCAAGGCGCUCUGGGGGUGGCGGCGCGGCGAGGUCAUGGCCUUCUUCACGCCCAACUGCAUCGACACCCCCGUCGUCACCAUGGGCCUGCUGUGGGCGGGAGGCGUCGCCAGCCCGGCCAACCCGCUGUACACGGCCGACGAGCUGGCGUUUCAGCUGCGCGACUCGCGCGCCCGCGCCCUCGUCACCCAGAUCCAGCACCUCGACGUCGCCGUCAAGGCGGCCAAGCAGGCGGGCAUCCCCGACGACAGGAUCAUCCUGGUCGGGGAGCUCAUGUCGUCCGGGCAAGGGGUGGCAAACGGCGGCGGCAGCAGGUUCAAGCAUUACAGCAGCAUCAGGAGCACCUUCUACUGUAGCAAGUACGCGCAGACGCUGGUGGAGCCCAAGAAGGAUCUGGCUUUUUUGGUCUACAGCAGCGGCACGACGGGGCUGCCCAAGGGGGGCCUCCUCUCAUGCGUCCUAUCCUCGGCCUACUUUGGCUGGGAGCUGGUCGUCAUGUCCCGGUUCGACAUGGAACAGGCGUGCGCGCUGAUCGAGAAGCACCGCAUCACGUACGCGUACGUCCCGCCGCCCAUCGUGCUAGCGUUUGCAAAGUCGCCCAUCUGCGACAGGUACGACCUCUCGUCGCUCAAGAUGCUGCACUCGGGCGCCGCACCCCUAACCCGCGAGCUGACCGAGGAGCUGUGGAACCGUCUCAAGCUCCCCGUCAAGCAGGGCUACGGCCUCUCGGAGACGUCGCCCGUCGUCUCGGUCCAGGCGCCAGACGAGUGGGCGAAGUUCAUGGGCAGCGUGGGCAAGCUCGUGCCCAACAUGACGGCCAAGCUGGUCGCGGCGGAUGGGAGCGAGGUUCCGGACGGGGAUGAGAUGGCAGAGGGCGAGCUGUGGGUCAAAGGCCCGCAGUUGUUUUUGGGUUAUCUGAACAAUCCGGACAAGACGAGGGAGACUAUGAGUGAGGAUGGGUACUUUAUGACUGGAGACGUCUUCCGAAAAGACAAGUUUGGGAAUCUGUACUGCGUCGACCGGCUCAAGGAGCUAAUCAAGUACAAGGGGUUCCAGGUCGCGCCGGCGGAGCUGGAGGGGCUGUUGCUGGGACACCCCGAGGUCGCCGAUGUUGGCGUCGUCGGGAUCCAGGACAAGGAGCUGGCGAGUGAGGUGCCGAGGGCCUACGUCGUGCUCAAGGACCAAAAGGCAGGAGGGGAGGCCAAGGCCAAGGAGCUUGUGGACUGGGUGGCCAGCAAGGUGGCGCCGCACAAGAAGCUGCGGGGAGGGGUUGUGCUGGUCGACGCCAUCCCCAAGUCUCCCAGUGGGAAGAUCCUGAGGAGGGUGCUGAGGGAUGUUGCCAAGAAAGAUGAGAGGAGCGGGGGUGCGAAGUUGUAG